UACCAAAGCAUCAAUACUCAAACCCCAACCACAAAAUGCACAAAAUGGCAACCUUCUCCCAUGCAAAUCCUAAUAACAAAAGAAACUCUAUUUCUUUACCCAUAUUUUUCAUCAUCAAUAUCUUCUUUCUUGCUCCUCUAGCACAAGCUUAUAGUAAAAAUGACGCAAAACCUUCACAAUCUCAUUUCUCAAAGUUCUCUGCAUCAGUAAAUCCAGACAAUAAUAUUGAUCAACCCUCCAUUUCUUCUACUUGUAAAAACAUCCCUCACAAAGCUGCCUGCAAAUCUCUUCUUAUGUCACUUAAAACCACUACUACUCUUCCUAAAAACCCAAAAGAACUCUUUGACCUUUCUGUUCAGUAUAGCUUCAAAAAAGUUCGUUCUGCAUUGGAGCUAGCUUCCACACUCGGUCUCUCUUAUCAAAGCAAAGAGCAGAAGACCCGUUUGGCUUCUGACGCUAUGAAUGAUUGUAUUGAGUUGCUUGAAGAUAGCUUAGACCAACUUUCCAAUAUUAAUAGCAAUAACAACAACGACAAUAAUAAUCCUAUUAAAAGCCAUAGUGAUAUCCAAACAUGGCUUAGCGCUGCGCUUACUAAUCAAGAAACAUGCAUACAAAGCCUUCAAGAAACUAAUAAAAAAGUUGAAACAGGAAUAAUGGUUUCGACGGCGAGAAAUUUAAGUCAUUAUAUAAGCAAUUCUUUAGCAAUAUUUGUAUCUAAUCAUAAUACAGAGGACUUUAUCAAUGGCCGGAAACUUUUAUCGGAGGAUGAGUUUCCGAGUUGGGUAUCUCCGUCCGAACGGAAGCUUCUAGAAGCUUCUAUAGGGGAGAUAGAGGCACAUGCGGUGGUUGCAAAGGAUGGGAGUGGAACACACGAGACACUAGCGGAGGCCAUUGAUGGAGUGGCGCGUUCUUUGGCGGGUAAUGGUGGUGGGGGUAGAAACGUAAUUUACGUGAAAGCUGGGACCUAUCAGGAGAAUAUUAACAUUCCGACAAAUCAAAAGAACGUUAUGUUAGUUGGCGACGGGAAGGGUAAAACGGUCAUUGUAGGUAGUAGAAAUGCUGACAAUGGUUGGUCAACUUUCCAGUCUGCUACUGUGGCUGCCAUGGGAGAUGGAUUCAUAGCAAAAGACAUAACAUUUGUAAACAGUGCAGGACCAAGCAAACACCAAGCAGUUGCUCUUAGGGUUGGAUCAGAUAGAUCAGUAAUCUUUCGUUGCUCAGUUGAGGGUUAUCAAGACAGUCUCUACACUCAUUCUAAGCGUCAAUUCUACAGAGAAACUGAUAUCUAUGGAACAAUAGAUUUCAUAUUUGGAAAUUCUGCAGUAGUUUUCCAGAACUGUAAUAUUUUCGCCAGAAAAGCUUCUUCAGGUUCAAAAAAUUACGUAACAGCACAAGGUCGAACCGACCCUAAUCAAAAUACAGGCAUUUCAAUCCACAACUGUAAAAUCGGUUCAACUUCUGAUGCUUCUAGUUCACAAGUCACAUACCUUGGAAGACCUUGGCAGAAAUUUUCAAGAACUGUUAUCAUGCAAUCUUUUCUUGAUAAUUCUAUUAAUCCUUCAGGUUGGUCUCCUUGGUCUGGAAAUUUUGCCCUAAAUACACUUUUUUAUGCAGAAUAUAUGAACUCAGGCCCUGGAGCCUCCACUUCAGGUAGGGUUAAGUGGGCCGGAUACCGUGGGAUCCUGACGGCCGCCGCUGCUCAAGCUUUUACCGUUGGUGGUUUUAUUGAUGGUAAUAUGUGGUUGCCUUCUACUGGUGUGUCUUUUGAUUCAGGGCUAAUCGGUUGAAAUUGUUGUCACAAGUGUUUUUCUAGGGUAUAAACCUUAUAUUGUAAUAUUAAAAAAAUAAAAAAAAAAGACUGUCUCUUAUCUUUUGGUUUUCUAGGGUUUUUUUUUUUUUUAGUUAUACUUUCUUGCUUGUGUUUCAAUUUCUAGCUUGCACGUGGAACAAAAUGGCAUAUAUAUGUAAAUAUAUAGGUUGAUAUGUCAAGUUCAUAUAUGUUUUUUCUUUAAGAAAAUGUAAACGCAAUUGCAUAUAUAUAUACAUAUAUGUAUAACUAUUACCUGUAGAACCAUGAGAGGCUCAUCUCCGAUCGAGUUCAAGCAGUAGGCCCAUUGGGUCUAGUUUGCAAUCUUGCAGCGGGACCAAGUCCAUGAGCCUAAUCCGCCUGCCUGCACAAAUUAAUGGGCCUGUACGACAGUGGAGAGGCCUGGCAGCUUGCUUGUACUUAUUAUUCCAUUAGAAUAAAAUCUUUGUGAAAUAUAUUAGGUUGUGUCUCUCUUUCUUCUUAUCUUUUUUCUUUUUUUGGGUUUAUAGCACAUUAGAUUGUAUUUUAAAAAAAAUAAUAAAUACUUGUGAUUCAGAA